GAGCUCCGGAAACUCUGCCGUCUGGCGCAGGGUUCCAGUUCAGCUCCUCCCGCCCCGCAAGAUAAAAACUGAGAAUGGAAACUGCGCUGGGGUCCAUGCAGCAGGGGCCUGCACCCGCUCCGUCUUCGGGGGACUCUGCACUGCCCCACGUGCCCACCAUGCCUCCCCCGGAGUCUCUCUCCGAAAGCCAGGAGCCCAGCCCGGACCACAGCCCCACAGAGCAAGCCACAGAGGAGGAGUUCCAGUUCCUGCGCUGCCAGGGCUGCCAGGCAGAAGCCAAGUGCCCCAAGCUGCUGCUCUGCCUGCACACGCUGUGCUCAGGAUGCCUGGAGGCCCCAGACAUGCUGUGCCGCAUCUGCCAGGCGCCCCUUUCCCCUGGCGUUAACGCUGGGGUCCUGGAUAACGUCUUCUUCGAGAGUCUGCAGCGGCGCCUGUCGGUGUACCGGCAGAUCGUGGACUCGCAGGCCGCUUGCACCCGCUGCAAAGAGCCGGCAGACUUCUGGUGCUUCGAGUGCGAGCAGCUCCUCUGCGCCAAGUGCUUCGAGGCGCACCAGUGGUUCCUCAAGCACGAGGCCCGGCCCCUGGCAGAGCUCCGUAACCAGUCGAUGUGUCAGUUCCUAGAGGGCACGCGCAAGACCAACAACAUCUUCUGCUCCAACCCCAACCACCGCAACCCUACACUGACUAGCAUCUACUGCCGAGGCUGCUCCAAGCCUCUGUGCUGCACUUGUGCGCUCCUGGACAGCGGCCACACCGACCUCAAGUGCGACAUCACGGCGGAGAUCCAGCAGCGGCAGGAGGAGCUGGAGGCCAUGACGCGGGCGCUGCGGGAGCAGGACUGCGCCUUCAGAGGCGCGCAGGCGCAGAUGCAGUCGGCCGUCAGCCAGCUGGGGCGCAUGCGCACCGGCACGGAGGAGCUGAUCCGCUCAAGCGUGAGGCAGCUAGUAGCACACGUGCUGGCGCAGGAAAGCGAGCUGCUGGAGGCAGUGAACACACGGUACCAGUGCGAGUACAAGAAGAUUGCCGGCCAGCUGGGCCACCUGGACGCUGUGCUGCAGCGCAUCCACACGGGCAGCCUGCUGGUGCAGAGGAUGAAGCGCUACGCCUCCGACCAGGAGGUGCUGGACAUGCACGGCUUCCUGCGGGAGGCGCUCCUCCUUUUGAGGCGGGAGGAGCCCCAGAGCCUGCAAGCUGCUGUGCACACUGACAGCUUCAAUGAAUUCAGGGAGCGCCUGCAGGACCUCGUCUCUUGCAUCACCCAGAGGACUGAUGCAGCUCCACCCAGGAGAGCCAGCCCUGAGGCUACCAGCACUCCCAGGGAGCCUUCUGAUAUUGACCUGCCAGCGGGGGCACAGAUAGCUCAGGCGCAGGCCCUGGGGCUGGCUGAGGCUCAGCCUGUGGCCAUGGUACAGUCGGUGCCUGGGACACACCCUGUGCCCAUGUACGCCUACUCCAUCAAAGACCCCUCCUGCAGAGAGGAGGUCUCCAACACAGCCAUGCCACAGAAGAGGAAGUCCUGCCAGACCGAGUGCCCCAGGAAGGUUAUCAAGAUGGAGUCUGAGGAAGAGAAGGAGGCCAGGUUGUCCCUGAGUUCCUCUGAGCAGCCUAGGCCCAGCACCUCCAAGGCAGUCUCACUACCGCCCCUGGAGGAGUCCCACAGCCCCAAGAGCCACACCAUGGGAAAUGAGGAAUUACUGCUCAACAGCAACCAGGAGACUGGCGACUCUGGGGAGGCAGAGGAGCCCAUUGUGGUGAUCAGCAGCUCAGAGGACUCAGAUGCCGAAAACUCGUCCCGAGAGCUGGAUGACAGCAGCAGCGAGUCCAGUGACCUUCAGCUGGAGGGCCCUAACUCCCUCAGGUUUGAGAGCCUGGAUGAGAGCCUCACAGACCUCCAAUCAGAAGUCAGGCCCCUGGUUUUCUUUGACCUCAAGCUUGACAAUGAAACCCAGAAGAUUAGGCAGCUGGCAGCAGUGAACCAGGAGAGCAAGUUCCGAGUGCUCAUCCAGCCCGAGUCCUUCAGCACCUACUCCAAGGCGGUCUCCCUGGAGGUGGGGCUACAGCACUUCCUCCGCUUUCUGAGCUCCAUGUGCCGUCCCACCCUGGCCUGCUAUAAGCUGUGGGGGCCCAACCUCCCCAAUUUCUUCCAGGCCCUGGAAGACAUGAACAGGCUAUGGGAGUUCCGGGAGGCCAUCUCCGGCUUUCUGGCCACCCUACCCCUCAUCCAGGAGCGUGUGCCCCAGGCCAGCAGCUUCAAACUCAAGAGUCUGGCUAAGACCUAUCUGGCAAGAAACAUGAGCGAACACAGUGCCCUGGCCACUGUGCUGACCAUGCGUGACCUGUGCCGCCUCCUCGAGGUCUCCCCAGGCCCCCAGCUGACCCAGCACUUCUACUCCUUCAGCAGCUUGCAGUGCUUCGGGUCCCUGCAGCCCCUGGUGCAGGCAGCUGUCCUGUCCCGGGCCGAGGCCCGCCUCCUGGCCCUCCACAAUGUGAGCUUCGUGGAGCUGCUGACUGCAUACCGCCGAGACCCACAGGGGGGCUUAAAGAAGUACAGCCGCUAUCUGCAGGCCACCUCAUCGCCCCCUGCACAGCCUGCUCUCAACUUGCAAGCUAUGAACACCUACUUCAAAAGCCUGUCGGAGAGACCAGCUUUGGCAGUGGCGGAAGGCAUCUCUACCCCUCUUGUUAGCCACAGCUUGGCCCAAAGGGCUUCCCAGCAGAGCUGAGAUGAGGGGAUGACUGGCUUGGAAUCUCUGGGGACAGAGAGGGAUGGUGUCCCUCAGCUAGGCCCUGCCCAUCACAGCAUUCCCAGAUCCUGGUCCCCAGUACUCAGCUGACAUUUGGUCCAGAAUUAGUUCUCGUUCUCUGGGAUCAAAUAUUCCUUGUCUAAAAAUCCCACAGAGAAGGUUCCAAGGCCAAGCAUCCACCCCCUGGAGCCACCAGAUCCCUGGUGCACCAUUGAGUUAGCUCACUAGGCCCUCGGCGCCUCCCUUCUGGGAGCCAGAACAGGAGAUCCUUGGUGAAGAAGGCCUGGCCUCUGGGCUCUCUAAGUUGCCCCCACCGUGCCCCAGCCACCCGGCCUGCCACUUCCAUGGGUGUAUUGCAGCUCCUUCCUUAUCCCCGGCCACUGCCCAGGGGACCUGCUAGCAGCUCCCAUGGAUACCACCUGCAAUAUCAGUGGCCCCACAGCCUUUAAUAAAGACGUGAAUCUUCAAAGCCUGAUGCUGCGCACCCUGGAGCCACUGAGCAGCCUCCUGCCUGGUGAGGGGGUACUUCCAGGCCUUGGAGAGCUGUUCUUUGUGGGGACCUUUCAGGACUUUGCAGAUCAGAAAGCCCCUUGUUGCUCACUGCUGAGGGCCUCAUGGAUGUGAACCCCCUGUUCCAUGUGGGAAAAUGAGGGUGGGCCUGUCCAGGAUUAUCUCCAAAGGGGAGAGCCAUGAGGAGGGAAUGAAGCGCCAGCUUCAAGGAUUACCCCUAGAGGAGGUCAGGAGCCAGAUACCAAGGUCUGUUGGAACUUCACCUCUGAUCCCUGCUGGGUAAUCUUGUCCCUUGUCUGUGUCCCCAGAGCAGCAGGUGGUAAAACCCUUGGCAGGUAGGGGAGGCCCAGGAUCUUAGUAAUGUGUGACCAGUGUGUUGUUGUCUUGUAUGUCACAGAUGAAAUUCACAUUAGUACCUGCAGGGAUUCCUGUGGCACAGGCAGUGUAGAUGGUAGCCUUCUCUUGGCCGGGGUGAGCAGCCAGGUAACAAGAUUUGGUCACUGUCACCACCCUUAACCCCAUCUUCUUGUCUCAGGUGCCCAGAUUCCAGUCCUGAAGUUUAAUCUCUAAAAGCAAGUCCAAAUAUGUCACCUGUGCCUCAUCUUUGAAUUCUGUGUUACGUUUAUCCAUGUCAGCUACCCACGAGUCUGCUGGGCUAGAGGUUAGGACACUGAGUUUCAAUCCUCACUAGCCUAGGACUGGUCUGGUACAUCAGGCUCAGGCUCUGACUGUAAACCGAGGUGGGUGUCAUUUUUACCUCAUAGGAUAUUAUGUGAAUCAGUGAGAAAAUGCUUGUGAAAAUAGCACUUUAAUAUGUGAAGAACCACACAAAUGUAAGAUCUUAUUUUACAGACAGAUGACAGUGUUAUUGCUUUAUAAGUUAUAGAAAAAUAAAGAUAUUAGAGCUUA